AGUCUCUUAUCUUUUUCGCAUCAUCGCCUUUCGUUCUCUUUCUUCUUCAUCGCUCUGCUUCUUUUUUUAUUUUGUCUUAACCUCCCAAAUCCUUGGCCUUCCCACGAGACAGUAUGGCUGCCGCACUCAGUCUCCUCAAACUCCCAAUUGUACCCCAAAAUCCACGUCCAUCAUCCCUCCCAAAGCUCCCAAAGCUCUCUAUCUCUGCCAAACUGACUACCCCACACCACGAUUUUGACUUUCCCAAACCCCUAAAGCUCCUUGACCAGAAUAUUGAUACUCUCAAAUCUGCUUCUCUUUCCCUCUCUGCAAUCACUCUUCCUUUCUUAAUUCACCCCAAGGAUGCGAUUGCUGUUGGCGGGGAAUUUGGGAUAUUGGAGGGAAGAACAUUUGCGCUGAUACAUCCCAUUGUGAUGGGUACUUUCUUCUUUUAUACCUUGUGGGCUGGAUAUUUGGGGUGGCAAUGGCGGCGAGUGAGGACUAUCCAGAAUGAGAUUAAUGAGCUGAAGAAGCAAGUGAAACCCGCUCCGGUGACCCCAGAUGGGGAGCCUGUGGAAGCACCCCCUUCACCUGUUGAACUCAAGAUUCAGCAACUCACUGAGGAGAGGAAGGAGCUUCUGAAGGGAUCUUACAGGGACAGACACUUCAAUGCGGGAUCCAUACUUCUAGGAUUUGGAGUGCUUGAAUCAGUUGGUGGGGGACUCAAUACUUGGUUCAGAGCUGGAAAGUUGUUUCCCGGUCCACAUUUGUUUGCAGGAGCAGGUAUUACAGUUUUAUGGGCAUUGGCAGCAGCGCUAGUACCAGCAAUGCAGAAAGGGAAUGAAACAGCCAGAAAUCUUCACAUUGCCUUGAAUACACUGAACGUUCUCCUCUUUGUAUGGCAGAUUCCCACUGGAAUUGAUAUUGUGUUUAAAGUUUUUGAGUUCACAAAAUGGCCUUGAAUGUAUAUACGAUCUCUGAUGUAAUUUAUCACUUUCUACUUCCUUUCAACUCCGCUCUUCAGUUUUUUCUAGCAACUUCAAAUCAUCAAAAUUUUGCUCUUCCCCUCCUUCCUCUCUCAUCAACCAUCAGUUUAAUAUAUAAUAUAAAAUCCAUAGAAAAUUACUGUUUUUGUGAGUUAAGUUAUAAACAAUGUGACUCAUUUAUUUUUGU